AUCAGCCAUGAUCACAUUGAAUGGCGAUGUUGGCUCGAAGGGCCGAAUGGCCUAUUCCUGCACCUAUUGUGUAUUGUUUAUUGUCUAUUUGUCCAACUUCCCCUUCUAACUUACAGCAUCUAAUCCAGGCAGCAUCCUGGUGAACCUCCUCUGCACCCUCUUCAAUGCCUCCACAUCCUUCCUGCAAUGGGGUGACCAAAACUGCGCGCAAUACUCUAAAUGUGGUCCAACCAAACAUCCCAUGAAGCUGCAACAUGACUUUGUGCCUCUUUUACCCAAUGCCCUGACUGAUGAUGUUAAGCAUACCGAAUGUAAGCUCUUUACCACUCUACUGGUGUUGCCACUUUCAGGGGGUUAUUAACUUUGGCCACAAUGACCCCUCUGGAAAGAGAAACAGUUUGACCUUCCUCAACACUCGUUCGGUUGCAAGGUUUUAAAUAGCUGUGCCAGUUCAGAGGAAGGCUCCCAAGCAUGAAACAAUAAGUGGUUCCACUUUCCACAUACGCGGCCUGACAGCUGAGUUCAUUCAGCAUGCCCCGAAGCUAGCAGCAUUGAAAAACAAAACUCUUCUGUGGUCGUUUCAGAUUCCACCAUCAUUGUUUUUCGCGUUGUCAGUGCAACCUGCAAUUUCCAGCCUGUAUCCGAUCCCCGCCGGAGUCCCGGAUUCCAGAUUAACCCACCUCUGAAGGCCUCCAAAGUUAACCGGAAAUAUUUGGAUGAGCCCUGAGGCUUAAUUAUUAACCUUACUGUAGUACACAAAACCAUGAGGGGCAUGGAUAACGUGAUAACGCUCACAGUCUUUUUCUCAGGGUAGAGGAUUCUAAAAACGAGAUGGCACCGGCUUAAGGUGAGAGGAGAGAGAUUGAAGAGGGAGCUCAGGGGGCAACUUUUUCACACUUUUUCAGGGUAGGCCCAUAGCUGGAAUGAGCUGCUAGUGGAAGCUACAGAAGCAGAUACAAUCACGACUCUCUAUAGAUGUGUGGACGGGAAAGGGUUCAUUUGGAUAUAAGCUAAAUGCAUGCAAAUGCGACUAGCCCAGAACGCCGUGCUGAUCAGCAUGUUCAAGGUUUUAUAAAACAAUGAACAAUAAUCAAAACAAAAAUCUGCACCAAGUAAAAACUGAAGUGAUGGACGAUAAUGAGAAGGAAGGUCACCACCAACAAAGGGGGAAAGAAUCACGAGUGCUUUAUUGUUAUGUGCAGCUGGAGUGGAACAAUGGGGUUCUCACUUGAAUGAAGACGGCUAUUUGAACCAAUACAAGUGUAGCUACGAGUGUAAGUGGACAUAAUCCAGGGGAAGGAUGUUUGACAUGGCAUUGUUUGGUGCUUUCCCAUGUUUUUGGUUAUGAAAGGGACGGAUAAGGUUCGGCGUGUACGUCGGUGAAGCCCUUUCACGGUGGGUGUCGUUUUUCUCUUUUUGGAAACAUAUGUUUACUGUCCUCCUCGACCUGUUGGGAGUUAAAAUGAAAUGGCUCAUAGUCAAGGUGAGCAUGUUCACCUCCAAGGGCCGUAGAACUGGUUCUGUGUCAAUCAAAAAGCGAGAUUAGCAAACCUGGGAGUUUCCUGUAAGUUGUGAAUGGUUUGACAUCAUUAAUCUUUCCCGAGCCAAUCAAGAGCAAGGAGGAGGGAGGGGGGCCAUUUGCCACUUGGUUAGAUAUAAAAAUCAUCAGCUUAAACCAGCAGCCCAUUUGAAACUCUUUGCCUCAGGAUCUGGUCUGGAAGACUUUGAGUGAAGUUGUGUUGGAGAGAUUCUUUUCCUCUUUUUAUUCAUUUGCUGCAUGAUGACUGGGCUGUUUGCUCUGCUCCCUGUGCUCCUGGCUGCCCUGAAGCUGGCUGCUUCGCAAGGAGACGAAUCUCCCUCUGUUACUGGGCAGGAGCUCUUCAGAAGAGUGGUGGACCUUCUAGUGCCAGGGGAGGACAUCCUGACUGAGACGGCAGUCACCUCUUUACUAAGUGUCUUGGAGAACCGUGUGCAGUGUUCCGAGGUGCCGUGUGAAAAGUGUUUUUCAGCUGAUGAUAUUUUUGAAUUUGGUGGGAAGAACAGCAGCAACAACAACAGAACACUGACAUCGGAUGACUUUUUUCGUGUUGCUCCCGGCUUGCUGCUUUUCCUGAGUGACCCACAGAGAGUGUGCCAGGACAUACAGUCCAACAAGUGGGUGGAAGAAACAAUGGUGUUUGCAGAACAUCUACUUAGGGCAAAUGAAACAAGCCAAAUCCAUGAGCUCACCUCUCACCAGGUGGAAGAUGUGCUGCAGAAAGUACAAAAGAACUAUCUGACAGUGGCCAAGGGUCAGCCCUGUGUCAACUCAACUCAAAUCUUAGAAGAGUAUGAAUUGGUGUCCAACGGAAUGGCAGGAAUUAAUGUUGGCCACUUUUCUGCUGUAGUCCUUUACCACGUCUUACGAGGCGACUGCAUCCUCCAGCACCUAUUGCCAGGGCCUGAGUACUUCCUUAACUUUAUCUUUCACAUGUACCAUAAUGAAUCUCGGAACUUCACCAGAACAGAACUUGAAGACUUGAUGAGUAAAAUUGGUUUAGCUCAUGAUAACCAUGAAGAUCCAGACCACGAGCAUAGUGAAGGUCACGGGCAAGAGAGUGAGAGUGAACAAGGUCAUGAACACGAGGAAGAGCUUGACCAUAGUUCCCAUCGGCUGGCAAAUCAUAACCCGGAGGAGAAGGAGAAUACUACCUGGAACAUGAAAUGUUUUAGCUCCAGUGAAAUAAUGAUCAUCCAUCAGAUUGCAGCCAACGGCAUGAUUUCCCAGAGUGAUUUUGUUCAGCUGAGCCCUGCAUUAAUCCAGCAACUUGUGAGUGGAGCCUGCACCAGAACACACCCAGGCACAGACCAGCAGCAGUUUCAGCUGACCACUGCUGAAAGAUUUAUUUAUGGAUCAAUUGCAACGUUGCUUGUCAGCCUUUGUGCAGUGGUUGGGAUUGUGGUCGUUCUGUUCACCAGCUGUACCACUGCUUACCAGUAUGUCAUACAGGCAUUUGUAAGUCUGGCUGUGGGGUCACUCACUGGUGAUGCUGUGCUGCAUCUUAUACCCACGUUUCUUGGUUUACACUCUCACGGCCAUGGUGUUCAACACUCGGCACCCACUCACAUCUGGAAGCUGGUGGCUGUUCUUGGAGGCAUCUAUAUAUUCUUUGUGAUGGAAAAGCUAUUUGGAAUAUUAAUCAAAGAUGAUGAUGAAAUGGAGCAUCACCAUUGCGAUCAUGAGUUGGCAAUUCAAGCAUUCAAAAAGAAUCAGAAGAACGAGCAGAAGAACAAACAGACUGCAUCACAGGUUGAAUUGGUGUCCUCUGAAGUGUCCUUCGAAGGUGUACGUCCCAGGAAAGGUUUGCGAGUGCUGCCAUACAUGAUAGUGAUUGGCGACGGUAUCCAUAACUUUGCAGAUGGGCUGGCUUUAGGAGCAGCUUUCUCCGUCUCCUGGAAAUCUGGCCUUGCCACAACACUUGCAGUUUUAUGUCACGAACUCCCUCAUGAAAUGGGUGAUUUUGCAGUUCUGCUGCAUUGUGGAAUUUCUGUGAAGAAAUCUAUCAUCUUGAACUUUGGCAGUGCCUUGACUGCAUUUAUUGGACUCUACAUAUCAUUAGGAGUUGCGACAGAUGAACAAGUGCAAGAAUGGAUCUUCACAUUAGCAGCAGGGUUCUUCCUAUAUGUGGCUCUUGCAAAUAUGCUUCCAGAGAUGUUGCGAGCAAAGAGCAAAAAUCCCUGGAUUCUAUUCCUUCUGCAAAAUGUGGGAUUAUUCGUUGGCUGGGCCAUUUUACUUUUGUUGUCACUCUAUGAAGAGCAAAUUCAAUUUGGAUAGAGCACAAUUUUUCUGCUCUGAAUAUUUUCUGUUGGGGCAGUUUAUGCAGAUCUUUAUUUUAAUCUUCACUGCGGGACAGUGGGCUGUAAUUAAAAAGAUGAUGGUGGAAGUUAUCUAUUGAGAAAUGUUUGAUCAGGCUAGCCAAUAUAUUGCAAUUUUAAGAGGUACGUGAGGAUACGCUUGGUCCCCAGAAGCCACCCAUCUUUCAAUUUUGAGGCCUCAUGAAGGAAGAAAUAAACAAAUAAAUAACACCAAGACUUUAUUAAACCGAUUAGAGGAUUUUGCAUUGACUGAAACAAAAGUUAUCCUCUCAAAAAAUCUACAUUCUAAUGGUGCUUGGGUUACUAUUGUUUACAAUAUGCACAGAUGAUUAAGAAAUAGAGACUAAAACAUAGAUAUAUAAUUUACUGGUGUUGCCAAAGGUGUAACGUGGGGUUUAUAAAUAAUGUGGACAGAGAAGACCAUACACUAAGGGAGUUGGAUACAGUGGUCAGGGUCUGAUACUAUUUAACAUGGGUAAAUCAGAGAGAUAGGGAAGUAAGUGGUAGCAAAUGAAAAUCGACGUUAAUAAGUAUGGUGAUGGUAUCCAGAGGUAUUGUGGAGUGUGGCAGAAAAGUGAGAAUGGUUGAAGUAACAAGGUAAGAGGAGGUGAACCACAGCAUGUGUCAGGGAGGAAACAGCAAGGUGUACAGUCAUGGAUGCAGAAGUCAAUUUGCAGAAAUCAUUCAACAAUUUAAACAAUGUAAAUAAAUUUGAGCAAAACACAAAGUGCUGGAGGAGCUCAGUGGGUCAGUUAGCAUCUGUGGAGGGAAUGGACAGAUGGCGAUUUGGGUCAGGACUCUUCUUCAGACUGAGUUCCAUCUUCUCCAGUCUGAACCAGAAAUGUCUGUCCAUUCCCUCCACAGAUGCUGCCUGACCCACAGAUUUCCGCUAUCACUGAGUUUCGAUUAACGUUCCAGCAGCUGCCAUUUCUUGCGUCUCCAUGUGUCAAUUAAACUCUGAUAACAUAUAUAUGACAGAUCAUCCACCACUUUUGUUAUGAAGGUAAGGUGAUCUAAACAUGUUGUUGAAUUAGAUUGGCUGUGAUUUUUCAUAUGCAAGUACACAUAUGUAAAAUUACAGUCAAUCUGCUCCAACAAAUGCAUUCAGUGAGUAACUGAGGCAAAUCUGUAAUUUUGGUACAUUAUAAUUUUGUAAAUGAGUUAAAUGAUUCCAAACAUUUUCCAUUUGUCAUUGCUUUUAAAAAUUGAAUAACAUUUGACAAAAUGUCAGCCUUGACUCAGCUGUAAGGCUUGGCUCUGGGUUGGAAAGAUUGAACCCCUUGACACUGGAUUCCUGAAGGCGAGACUUAGUUGGAACGUUGUGUUAAAGCAAAGCUGGUGAAGUGGUGCAAGACAUUGGUACAUCCUGUGAUGUUACUGCUAACGUGGGUUGACCAUGUUUACAUAAUACAAUGAUAACAUUCAUAUCUUUGAGUCAUUUCAACAUCAAGUGGAGACUGCCACUGAUGGAAGGGUUGACUUUGGGGGAGUCAUUUAAUUGAGUAUCUGUGUGGUCUCACAAGUGGUACGAAAGACUGUUGAGGAAGUAAAAUACAAUUAAUUCGAUAAAGGUGGAAUAAAAAGUCGGUAGUGAUAAUGAUGAAAGAACCCGAAUUAAAACCCAUCCGUUUUAACAACAUUGUUCAGUGGAGGAAGUUUGCCCUUGAACAUCUGGUCUAUCUAUUAGACAAGAACCACAGCAAAGUGAUUUAGACUAAACCUCCAGAAAUCAGAGGUGCAAAAGGGACUUGAGAGUGCUGGUGCAGGAUUCCCAAAUAGUUCAUCUGCAAGUCGAAUCAGUAGUAAAGAAAGCAAACUCAAUGCCAGCAUUUAUUCCAAGAGGACUUGUAUACAAAAACAGGCACGCACACCCCCAUCCACAUUAACGGGACGGAGGUGGAACGUGUUUCUAGCUUCAGGUUCCUGGGAGUCAACAUCUCCGAUGACCUCUCUUGGACCCACAAUACCUCUACUCUGAUCAAGAAGGCUCAUCAGCGUCUCUUCUUCCUGAGGAGACUGAAGAAGGUCCAUCUGUCUCCUCAGAUCCUGGUGAACUUCUACCGCUGCACCAUCGAGAGCAUCCUUACCAACUGCAUCACAGUAUGGUAUGGCAACUGCUCUGUCUCCGACCGGAAGGCAUUGCAGAGGGUGGUGAAAAUUGCCCAACGCAUCACCGGUUCCACGCUCCCCUCCAUUGAGUCUGUCCAAAGCAAGCGCUGUCUGCGGAGGGCGCUCAGCAUCGCCAAGGACUGCUCUCACCCCAACCAUGGACUGUUUACCCUCCUACCAUCCGGGAGGUGCUACAGGUCUCUCCGUUGCCGAACCAGCAAGUCGAGGAACAGCUUCUUUCCGGCGGCUGUCACUCUACUCAACAACGUACCUCGGUGACUGCCAAUCACCACCCCCCCCCGGACACUUAUUAUUAUUUAUUCAAAUCGUUUGCUAUGUCGCUCUUCAAGGGAGAUGCUACAUGCAUUUCGUUGCCUCUGUACUGUACACUGACAAUGACAAUUAAAUUGAAUCUGAAUCUGAAUCGGAUGUUAUAUUGAGGCUCUAUAAGGCGCUAGUAAGGCCUCAUUUGGAAUAUUGUGAGCAAUUUUGGGCACCAUGGCUGAGGAAGGAUGUGCUGGCUCUGGAGAGGGUCCAGAGGAGGUUUACAAGAAUGAUCCCAGGAAUGAGAGGGUUAACCAACGAUGAGCGUUUAUCAGCACUGGGCCUGUACUCGCUGGAGUUUAGAAGAAUGAAGGGGUCCUCAUUGAAACAUACAGAAUAGUGAAAGGCCUGGAUAGAGUGGUUAUGGAGAUGAUGUUUCCAUUAAUGGAAGAGUCUAGGACUGGAGGUCAUAGCCUCAGAAUUAAAGGACGUUGUAUUAGGAAGGAGAUGGAGAGAAAUGUAUUUAGUCAGAGAGGGUGAUGAAUCUGUGGAAUUCUUUGCCACAGAAGGCUGUGGAGGCCAAUCAGUGGAUAUUUUUGAGGCAGAGAGAGAUUCUUGAUUAGUACGGGUGUCAGAUGUUAUGGGGAGAAAGCAGGAGAGCGGGGUUAGGAGGGAGAGAUAGAUCAGCCAUGAUUGAAUGGCGGAGUAGACUUGAUGGGCUGAAUGGCCUAAUUCAACUCCUAUUCCUUAUGUCCUUAUGACUUUGAACAUACCUUCAUUCAUGAGUGGCAUUAAAAUUGCUUGGAAAGUUCUAGCCUGACAACAUUGUGGGAGAACUAUCAACACCUUUUCAAGGAGAGAUGCAUGUGGUUGAUAAAUUGAUCUGAUUUCAUGAAGAAGUAGAAAUAAUGCUGCUUUUAGUUUCCAUUAUACUUUUAGCAUGUUUCUCAGCAUUACUCACCAACAGACAGAACCUGUAUGCUAAGCCUUCAGAUGACAAUACAGAAUUAAAAAAUUCCCAAAUAAAUAAUCUAAACAACCAUUCCAAACUAAAACCACACCUAAAACGCCUUCACAAGGUAAGCAUAUUAAUUAAGCUGACCAUAUGGGCAAAUGAUUUCAAAAGUUGGUGAUUACUCAUCUGAUUUAGAAAGUGUAAAUUUCAUAACUGAUGCCUUAAUUGAGGGGUAAAAAAUUACUUCUCUAAUCAUAUGGGAAGGUUUAAUUUACUUGAAACUAUAAGGAAGAGGCGAAGGAGUGAGGUAAUUCUCACCUUAAGCCUGCUGCACCAGUUUAUAAAAUUGCAGCUGACAUAACCUCCCUGCUCCAUCCCCAUGCCUUUUGAUUCCCUCGCAGUUUCACAGUUUUGUCAGUUUCCGUCGAAUAUAUUUAAUGACUGCCUUCAUAAGUCUCGGAAAGAGUAAAGUCCAACAUCUUUUCAGUAUAGGGAUCGCCUAUUGUUUAAUGCGGGAGAAGAAAUUCCUCAUAUUCUUAAAUUGGCAAUCCCUAUUCUGAAAAGAUGCUCCUUAACCGCAAUCUUCCUCAGCAUCUACCUUAUCAAUUUCCCUCAAAAAUGUGUCUUUCAAUGAGCUUACCACUAAUUCUUCUAUAUUCCAAAGAGUAUAGGCAAAUCUUUCUUUUUACAUCCACGCCUUCAUCUCAGGAGACAACCUAAGGAAUCUACUCAGCACUGCUUUCAUUGCAAGCACAACCUUCCUUAAAUGAUGUGAGCCAUAUCUAUCUAGAUAUGUUGUUGUUUUUUGUUAUUUACAUUAGAUUAUUACUGUUUGCUAUUUCAAAGUUUGUAAUAUUAUUUCUCUACUUUAAUAAACAAUGUAAUACAAGG